AUGGCACAGUCAAGUUUCCUCGGCGAUGGUAAGCCGAAGCGGGAAUCCUUGGGCUCAGCCCGGUUGACUCGAGCUGAAGUGGCCAAGCAUUGCACGGCCGGUGACUGCUGGGUCAUCGUGAACGAUCGAGUCUAUGAUGUGACUGGAUUCGUCGAUGAGCAUCCUGCAGGCAGAAACAUCAUUCUGCUGCAUGGAGGCAAGGACUGCACGAAAGAGUUCCUGGAGGUUCACAGUGAGGACUACAUUCUUGCGUUUGCCCCCAACUCCUUCGUGGGAUGCCUUGAAGGGUCUUCCGCACUGCCCCCGAAGAAGCCAGCCAACGUGCCGGUCCAUUUCGACAGCAGCAAAAUCCUGGCACUGAAGCGCAACGUGUAUGGCGAUGAGCACGAAGCAUACCGAGCUUCAUUCAGGACUUUCCUGCAGAAAUACGUGCAGCCUGAGUAUGCCAAGUUUGAAGCAAAAGGUGUUGUUGACAGAGAAGUUUAUUCCAAGAUGGCCCAAGAGGGCUUUUACCUUACGCUGGGCAUCCCUUCGGCAUGCGGGGGUCGUGGGCUUGACUGGAAACACAACUGUGUCGUGGUCGAGGAAGUAGAGGAUCUUGGGUGUGGAGGCCUCUUCGUAAACCUUGGCAAUGAUAUGGUCUUGUCCUACUUUACAGAGAGCUGUACGGACGAGCAGCGAGCUCGCUGGCUACCGAAGCUCAGACGUGGAGCUGUACUUGCAGUGGCGAUGUCCGAGCCAGAGGUUGGCAGUGACUUGGGCCAGCUUUCCUGUCGCGCGACGCCUUCGCCCAACGGAGGAUGGACUGUGAAUGGAAGGAAGAUGUGGAUCUCCAGUGGUGCUGUGGCGGAACUGACCGUUGUAGCAUGUGUCACGGAUCCGACCAAAGGGGCCAAGGGAAUUUCCAUGCUUGUCAUUGAGUCGGAGAUGCCGGGUGUGAGCUGCGCCAAGCGCUUCGGCAAACUGGGGAAGCAUGCCAGUGACACCUGCCUCAUCACUUUGGAAGAUGUACAUGUACCCCGGGAAAACCUGGUAGGCGAAGAGGGGAAGGGUUUUCAGUACAUGAUGCAUCACUUGCCUCGAGAACGUCUUUCCAUCGCGGUGGCGAGCAUGGCCGCGGCACGGAGGGCCUUGGCUUUGGCGGUGAACUACGUGCAUGGCCGCGCAGCCUUCGGUGCGAAUCUGGGGACUCUUCAAGGUGUGCAGCAAGAGCUGGCCAAGAUUCGGACCGAAGUGCAAGUCGGCACUACUUUUGUGGACCGAUGCAUUGCGGAUGCCUGCCACAAGCAGCUGUCUGCGGAGGCGGCCUCCAUGGCUAAGUUCUUUGCUACAGACCUUAGCUUUCGUGUGGCCGAUCGGUGCCAGCAACUCUUCGGAGGAUAUGGCUAUUUGAAAAAUUCGCCAAUUGGCAAGAUCAUGGUGGACCAAAGAGUCACACGAGUUUAUGGCGGCGCGAACGAAGUGCAGCUUGAAAUCAUUUCUAAAGGCUUGGGGUUUAAGCCCCAGCGCGCGAGCAGGCUGUGA